UCCUCCACUCCACCGCACGCAUUCUGCUGCUGUAUUCACUAGGAGGGAAGCGCGCACUCGACCCGACACGGCGACCCGAUCGACGCUUGUGAGCCGCUCAUGCGCAGUACGUCCGCUCCUGCUAUGCCGAAGACAUGAAAUCGAACGCAGCUAGGUGGGAGCUGAGCCAGCAGCCAUACGACCCCCGAUGGGGCGCCCAGUACCCCGAGGCAGCCCACGCGCCGCUGCCCUACGCCUUCCCUGAGCAGCCCGACCCGCGCCUCGCCGACAGCUUCGACCAGCUGUCGCUCCGCAAGCUGCCCAAGACACGCACCUCGCCCGUAGCCACGCGCACCAAGAUCGUCCGCCAGAGCUCGCACAAAGGCCCGGCCCGGCCCUCGUCGAGUGGCGGCGAGCCAAACGCCCUCCACCACCGCCCGUUUGCCUCGCCGGGCCGCGCAACGUCCUACUCGCAGCCCACGCCGCUCGAGGAGUUCCGCGCCUCGCGACACUGGCCCCCGCGCGGCUACCGACCGGACGACGCGCUUGAGGCGCACGAAGCCGAGGACUUGAUAUGCGCUGGGACGCCGAUAUUCAAGGGCUAUGCCGAUGCCAUUCCCCGUGCGCCGCCAGGCUACAGCCGCUUCUUUGCCGUCGUGGCUGGCGAGCACCAGGGCCGGACCGACCGUGUGCCGUUUCAGGACGACGCGUACAAGGCCAUCUCUCUGGACUUGGUGGGCACGUCUGAGAACCAGGCUCCGUGGCUGUCUCUCGAGCAGCCGUGUUUGGCAUAUGCGGCCGGGAAGAGCGCGGGCACCACCACGCUCAACUUCUGGGCGAGCAGGUCGUCGAACCACGCGCCGAAGAGCGAGCGCACUGGCACGGCCGUGCCGAGGCAGAUGAGGCUUCUCCAGAUCUUGGAUCGGCUGCAGAGUCUGGAGGGAGGGCUCGAGGAACAUAACCCGGAUGAUAUGCAGCGCUACCUUUACAGUACACUGAUCGAAGACCCUGCACAGCUCAACGGCCGCCCGUUCAUGAGCAUCGAACAGCAGAUCCAGGACCUCGUCGAUAUUCUGCUGAAUCCGCAGUGGCUCGACUUCUCGAACCCCCGAAAUCAGGUCGUAGCCAAGUGGUUUGACUCGCCAGAUCAACGCAAGAAGCAAGACUUCUUCCAUCAGCUGCUGCUCUCCGUUGAGCUGUACCUGCGUAUACAGAGUCAACAGCACAGCAGCAAGUACAAGCGGAAACUCAUACAAGACCUGCAUCCUUCCAUUGCGUGGGACCUGGCUGUCGCACAGCGUUGGCUGGAGAACAUGUCUAUUACCAAGAAGCGCGAGUCUAAGCAGCAGAGUACAUUCAGCUUCCAGCUCAAAAGCAAGAGCAGGCAAAGAGAAGCUUUGCGCCACUUUGCAGCAACGCUCAAAUGGCCGAACAUGGACGAGGUCGAGUACGUUCUGGACGAGGAAGACAUGAAAGAAAAAGCGCUGGAGGACCGCUCGGCGGACGCCAUGUCUUGGUUUUCUGGCAUUAUCUUGCCGGGGAAGACUCUACCUUGGCUGAUCAUGAACAGCUUGAUAGACUGCGACCGCGACACGGGCGAUGCCCUGAAAUAUCUCACACACAUGCAGCCGGCGUCAGGAUUUCAGUAUCGCGCUAACACGUACUGGUCUGCGUCCUGCAUCGUCGGCAAGGUCCUUGGUGCCGCGCGAGGUGUGAAGCAAAUCGCUGGCUGGGUCGGGCCCUGCAUCUAUACCCCAGACCUCAAGCGCACUGAAUGCGUCAAGGUCAAGCAAUACGAAUCCCCCGACCCGCGCUUGACAGAAGCCGAUGUGUUUUCCAUGCAAGAGCGAUCGAAUCCCCUGGGCCCAAUCGACGACACAUAUCCUGUGGACGACUACGAAGUCCCCAUGCCGGACACAGAAGAUGUGACGGACCUCAUUCGCAUGGAGAAACUUGCGUUUUUGCCUGCGAAAGAGCAGCCUUCUUCGACACGCAACCUUCCAGGUGCACCGAUGCUCUUCGAUGUUGCCAUACAUUUUGCGUGUGGCGGGAGUAGUUGGCCCUUGAGACUGAAGUACGAUGUCAGCUUCAUCAACGCUUUCCCCUGCCAUCAGGGUCCACACGUCCUCUUCUACGACUUCGCCUACAGAGCGAUGAAAAUCGACGACGGCCUCGUCGACCUGCACGACUGGCACAUGAAAAGCGGGCGCAUCAACCGGCACAGUCCGCGCUCUUCACCCAAGAAGAUGGCCCUGGAGAAAGCAGUGUCUGCGCACGAGCAAGUCAGCCAGGUUCUGGCUAUCGAGGCGCUGGGUGUGAGCGACAACGAGGUAUUCGCCAGAGCGUGGUGCGCGCAUCACGGAUUCAGUGCAAUCGUGGCGAACGUCAAGGAGACGUGCAUGGCUUGUGCGAUUAGGGAAGCGUAUGCGGCGUGUGUGAGCGUGGUGAUUCUCACGGAAGGCGGCAAGGAAAGGGAGAGCGAUUCGUGAGGCAUUGCACGUCGGAAUGGAAGGAGUGGUGAUGAGAUGCGGUGACAGUCACAUUACGUUCGCCUAGACAUGUGCUCUGAAUGUAUGGCUUACUCUAUAGCGUCUUUCAAGGCUCCACACUCGAUGCUGUAUCUGACUGAGGUGUGGU